CAAGUUCGUAAACUAGAAAUCGGAGAUAGUCGAAUAGCACUGGCAUUCUUGUUUUUCAUUAAAGUAGCAUUUUUUGGUACAGGAAAUAUUGCAAGUUUAAGUAGUUUUUCUUUACAAAGUGUAUAUAGAUUAACCACAAUCUUUGAUCCAUUUUUAAUGGGUGCAUUAUUAAUAUUUAAAAUAUUAAUUCCGUUUGUUAUAGUUUCUUCAGUAUUCGGAAUUAUUAACAAAUCGUUAAAUUUGCCACCAUUCAAGAUUAUGGAAUUGUUUAUUGGUGAGGUGAUUGUUGAGUUUAAAAAGACUAUAGAUGAAGCUGAUGAAAAGAAGUUUAAGAUGCAAGUUGUCCACGACAUAUCAGAGUUUCAAGAUGGAGAAGAACGUAUUUUAGUUUUAAAAGAUUCAUCCAUACUUGAAAAUGAAGAGGAAGGAGAUCAAUUGGUUUCAAUACAACUAGAGGAACAGCAAAGACUUAAAAAGAACUUAGAAAACAAAAAGAAAAAACCAGUUUAUACUGGCUAUGACGAUGAAGAAUUUAAUUUUGGGGGUGGUGCAACUAAAAAAAGCAUUUUAGCACAUUACGAUGAAGAAAUAGAGAAAAAUAAACGACCUGGAUUUAUGCUAAAUAAUGAUGGCACGGUUAAAUUGAGUGAAGAUGAUAUACGAAACCAAGUAUCGGAAAAAUUAAAGUCAAAUCCUAUUUCUCUGACUUUUGACAAAAUGAAAGAGAUUCAGGAUUAUUACACUAAAGAAGAAGCAGAGGUUACUUUCAAGAAGCCUAAAGUCAAAAAGAAGAAAAAAGUCAGACAGAAGACUACAACUGAUGAUUCAUUGGUAGAGGAAAAACAAACAAAUGAUCCCGAUGCUAUGGAAGUAGAAUCAACUACAACCAUACAAGUUAGAAGACGAGAAAAUCUGGAUGAUGUGAGCUUUGUUGAUGACGAUGAUCUUCAACAAGCUCUAGCUAGAGCGAGAAAAAUGGCUGCAAAAAAAGUAGCAAAAGCUUCUGUGGAAGAAAUUGCAAGAACUUUGACACAAGAACGAGAAACACAGGAAGAAGACGAUGAUGGGCCUGAUAGUGGAUUGGUGAUAUCAGAUACAUCAGAAUUUGUUCGAUCUCUGGCAAUAGCUUCAACAGUAACAAAACUUACAGAAGCUGAUAGUCUAACACCCGAUAAUCGACUUGAUGAUCAACUUGAAGAUGAAAAGCCGGAAGAAGCUGAGACUAACGAUGUUGCAAUGGAAGAAGCUGCUGAAGAAGAAGACGAAAGUGGUGGCUGGAAGACAGCUGGUGCAAUUGAAGACCAGGAUAUGGCCAACGUUAAUGAGGAACCAAAACUAGUUGGUGUAGUCGAAGAAGAACCAUUGGUUAGUACCGGAAUGGCAGCAACAUUAGCUCUCUUGCAACAAAAAGGGUUCUCAAUUAAACCAUCUGAAGAGCAACUCGAGAAAGAGCGUAUUCAAAAAGAGAGACAAAAAUGGCUUGCUGAACAACGCAGAAGGGAUCUUGAAAGGCAAACCGAAAGGGAACGCGAAAAACAAAGAGCUAAAGAAAAGGGCUACCGUGGAGGAGGGGGUGGACGAGAUAGUGACAGUAGUUAUCGUGAUCGUGAGCAUCUUAGAGAAAUGGAAGCGAGAUUUAAGGAUUAUAAGCCAGAUAUCAAUUUAGAGUAUGUUGAUGAAUUUGGAAAUCAAUUAACACCUAAGGAGGCGUUCCGUCAGUUAUCUCAUAAAUUCCAUGGAAAAUCAUCCGGGAAAUCAAAAACAGAGAAGCGUCUCAAGAAACUUGAAGAAGAACGUAAAUUAAAAGCAAUGAGCAGCGUUGAUACACCGUUGAACAUGGCAACUGCUUUGCAAGAGAGACAAAAGGCUAGUGGAAGUGCACAUGUGGUUCUGUCUGUUGGUAACAGAGC